AAUGGACCUUAUUGGUCAACAUCUGAAGCUUCAAUUCAGCUUGUUAAAUAUAAAUUGGAUAAAAUGAUAAUGUCAGAAGUCAGUACAACUGUAACGUUACCAGUGUUACUAAAUUGUCCUCAAUUUAGAUCCAUUAAAAGACUCUUGAUUAUCAAUCACAAGAAUUAGCUAGAUUGAUUUGAUUGUGUUAAUUUUUUGCAACGAUGGAAGGUACACCUUUCGACGAUCAAAGUUUUAGUGAUUAUUCCAACAAUCAACCCUUGCCAUCUUUAAGCACCGCGCUUUUACCUAACAAAAAUCAGGACAAUUUAAAUGUGCACUCGAUACAAGUGAUGCUGGGGCUGCAGAACCAACACGAUAUGUUCUCCAACAUGGGAUCUCCCCUGGAAUACAAAACCUCUCCUUUGGAUUACAAAGGAUCCCCUUUGGAGUAUAAGACGUCGCCAAAACUUGAGAAUUCACCCCUACACCAUCAGGAUCUGUCUUUUCAACAAGGUUUCGAGGCUAUGAAUAAUAACGUUAGUGGUGCAAAGCUCAAAAAAGAAGACGUCGCCAUAUUGCAAAGUCAAAAUUUGAACUCGUCAGACAUCAAACCAACAACUACGCAGAAGAAAACUGAGAAGAAGAAAACUGAUAAUAACGGAGUGAAGAAAAAGAAAACAAGAACAACCUUCACGUCAUACCAACUAGAAGAGCUGGAAAGAGCCUUCGAAAGAGCCCCCUACCCUGACGUCUUCGCCAGGGAAGAAUUAGCAGUCAAACUGAAUCUAAGCGAAUCUAGAGUGCAGGUUUGGUUUCAAAACCGUCGCGCAAAAUGGCGCAAGCACGAACCUUCUCGUAAAAGCGGAUCCACCAGCUCAAAUUCACCCAGUUCAACGAUGCCGGUCAAUUACAACAACCUGGGUUCCUACUCUCAGACCAACAGCCUGAAUUCUAUUCCUCCAGUGGAUAACUGGAGCUAUCAAUCUGGCUAUGAUAUCAACCCCCAUCUAAACCUGCUGGGCUCUACCCAAGGAUCAUACCCGAGUUUUGGCUCUCCCCAAAAUGGAUAUUCCUAUGCCUUGAACUCGCACGACAGUCAGAUGUUCGGUGCUCCUUUGAGAACUCAUGAGUACAUGGCUCCUUUAACCAACCCCAACGCCCUACUCGGUAGAGAUUACUCAAUGCUGCAAACUGAUUCUCCAACAGCUGACGACAGUUCAAUGGGAAUCAAAAUCGAGUACAUUGAUCAGAAAACACCUCCUGAACAUUACGACAGCAUUUCGCCCAAAUAUGAGACUAACUACCGUGAUGCAGAUAGGAUGAAGGUCCUGAAGAACGAAAAUGGUAACAGUCCAACUUAUGUGACGCUUCCGCCAUUUUUGAAUUGAUGAAUAACAGGAGCCCCAAUAAGAGACAGCAUGUGCAUAGAAACAAUGAGCAGCUGAGAAAAACUUCACAAUAUAUUGGAAUUUUCUGUCAUGUACUUAUAACAUCAGAAAUUUUUUCAAUAUCGAAAGAUGUAGAAUCGCUGUAUCGAACCAAGGCACUCGUACUGUACAUAGUGUAAAAAUAAUAACUUAUACAUAUAUUGAUUUUGAUUAUGAAUUAGGUUGUUUUGGAUUUAAUUUGUAUAUAGCUAGAUAAGACACUAUAAAGGCUUGGGAGUCGUGCUUUGAUGGCCAUGAGGCGAAAAUAUUCAAGGAAUAUUUUAAUGUAGGCUAAAGAGUUUUCUAGAUAAGAAAUAAUAUGUGAUAGUUAUUCAAAUUCAGAAUGCCCGACAGUAAUGAAAAUGUUGUACAUAAUGUUUAUAUUGUUUAUGAUGAUUUAAUUAGCCAUAGGUAUUAUGAGAGUGAAUUUUUGUGCCAUUCUAUAUAAUAAAAAUUCGAAUCAACGAAUAUUGAGGAUGAAUAUAUUUUUAUAAGAUGAAAUAAGUACUUUUGAAAGAAAAUAAAUUGUAUGGUUAUCUUUUGAA